UCCCCAAAAACACAGUAUAAGGGCUGAUUGUGGUGCAGUAGCCACAGUCACUGAAAGUGGAAGUCAUAGACCCUUGGGAGAAGCUGUGUUGGACACAAAGACGAGCUGUGAGGACGAAGGUGGCAUUGCCUCUACUCCAGGAUCAAGUAGACAUGAGACAACCCCUCAUCCUGUCCCUUCUCCUGCUGGGGAUGGUUUCUGCUUUCCAUCUGGAGACUGCUUACCUUCAUCUGGAGACUCCCAAGAGAGAAGACCUGCAUCAGGAAGCAGAUGGCUCGGGCGAACAUGGGAGAGAGUUGGUUCUGACUCAAGAGACAAUUCAGACAGAGGGAGAGGAGGUUGAGGGUUCUGAACAUCAAGACAUCUUUGAGGAUGAUGAGGCAAUGGAGUCAUAUCCAGAUGCCUUAGAUGACUUGGCAUGCCCCAAGGAAGAGGACACCGCUCAUUUACAGGGAACUCCUGGGUGCAAGAGCUGCCGCUAUGUGCUGGUGAGGACUCCCAAGACAUUUUAUAAGGCUCAGAGACUCUGCAGGAGAUGCUACCGAGGCAACCUUGCUUCCAUCCACAGCUACAGUUUCAACUACCAAAUUCAGAGCUUGGCCAGGAAGAUCAACCAGUCCAUCAUCUGGAUUGGAGGCAUCCUCAGGGGAUGGCUUUUCUGGAAGAAGUUUUGCUGGACUGAUGGGAGCCGCUGGGAUUUUGGAUACUGGGCCCCAGGGCAGCCUGGGUGUGGGGAAGGUCACUGUGUGACUCUGUGUACCAAAGGGGGCCAUUGGCGAAGAGCUCGAUGCAAAAGUCGCCUGCCUUUCAUCUGCUCCUUCUAAGAUGGAGCUAGACCCACUUGGAGCCUCCUGCCUUCACAGCCCUGGCCACUCGUUUCCCACCCUUUGGGACUCAAGUCUGUCCUUAAUCUCUCCUUGUCAUAAAGUCAGGCUUUCUACAGCA